AUGGGAGAUCAAAAGACCUUGGAAGAGCUAAGAGCUAAGAUAAUGGAAUCCAUGGGGAAAAAGGAUACAGGUAUUCCAAAGGAAGAGAAGGUGGUUCUGCCGCCAAAGAGACUGAGAAGUACUAGAGCUCCCGAUCACAAUGAUCGUUACAAGCGCCGUGCAUAUGAAACUAAGUCAGAAUCUGGUUCUGAUAAUAGAAUUCCACAGAGUCAUCCUUCCAUGGAACGACAAAAUGAUAAUCAAUCCUUUGGACCAAAUAAAGGAUACGUACAACGUAAUAAUAACAAUAAUCGUAAUAACACCAAUAAUAAUGGAUACACACAACAGAAUAAUUACAAUAGUAAUAAUAAUGGCUAUUCUAAUAAUGACCGCACUGGUGGGAAAUAUAGAACACACUAUCGCACUGAUAACUCAAGAUCCAGUAGAUACAGUAAUAACAAUAACAAUAACAGUUCCCAGAAUAAUCGAUAUUAUAACAAUCGCAAUAGCUACAAUAACCAUACAAAUAAUAAUAAUAGACAACAAUAUAGACAAAGAGAGAAUACUCCAAAGCAAACAAAUGCCUUCCAAAAAGUUCAUCUAUAUAAAAAUUUAACUCAAAGUAGACUAAACUCUACAAUUGUCAUUUCUAGCGUGGAAUUUGAUAACGAAGAGAGGACAGAAUUAAGCUUCAAAAAAUUGAUAGAUACUUAUUGCAAAGGUUUAGGAAUGAAUUUUGAAUUAGCCAAUUUCAAAUACAAUAACUCCUUGAGUAAUGUUGUCAUCGAAUUCAACUCGACAGAAUGCUCAACUAUGGUGCUAGCAUGCCGAUCUUUUCUAUCUAAGAAAGCAUCUCAGCAAAGUUCUGGAUGGGGUAGGCCAAAUAGUUAUGUAUUGCAAAGGGAUAAUAUGACAAAAAUUUGUAAUUCUAAUGCUGUAGUUAUAGAAAAUGUCGAACUAUCAUCAGCUUCAGACCAAGAUAUAAAGGAGCUAUCCAAGAACUAUAUCAAAUCCCUAGGAUUCCCUAGUGAAAACUGGGAAGUUCUUCCAUUGAUGUAUACGGAAAAUGACGAAAAUAAAUCAGAAUUUACUGGAUGUAUAUUAAUAACAUCUUCCACAGAAUCACCCCAAAAAUAUACAAAAACUUUUAAAAAUAUCAAAUGGUUCAAACCAAAUGAUAGUAUAUCAUUACACCAGGAGACCAAAUCACUAGUCUUUAAUAAUCUAAGUAAAAAAGCUGCUGAGCCACAUAUAUCAGAAUCCCGUAUAUUGAUGUUAUUAAACUGCGUAAACCCACUGGAACUCAAUAACGACCCAGCGCUAGCCCGGGAUAUUCAAGAAUGCCUUCAACUAUCCUUGCCAAACACUGAAUCUGUAAGAGUUAUAAAACCUAGUGCUGAUUACAGGUUGACCUUCAAUUAUUUAAAAGAACAAGCAGGUAACAUAUAUGUCAAAUUUCAGGAUAUCGAGUCUGCCAAACAAGCAGUUAAUAUGUUUACAGAGCGCAAGUUUAAUGGAAGACAUGUGCUACAUACUUUCAUAAACGAGGAAGACUAUAUAAAUAUACUGCAGGAAUAA